AGUGACUCAUUCUCUCUCACACCUUAAACGCUGCAAUGGCGCUCCAACGGCUGAACUUUUCAAACUGAGCUGCUGAGAAACUAGAAGACAAAGCUGAAUAAACACCACUUUUAAAGAAUGAAGAUUUCUCUGAAGAGGAAUUACUUCUGCUGCAUUUGAAGACAAUUUGCUGGAUUUGGACUCAAGAGAGUGAGUUUAAAAAAAAAAAAAAAAACAGCAGUGAACUUUGUUGCAAGACUGUUUGUGUGGCAGAUGUGUUCUUUUGAUUUCCACACUUCAGGAUCUUAUUUGGCGCCUCACACAUAAGGAACUUUCUCAAACCAGUGGAAGAACUAUUACUGUGCAGCUUCUGCAGCUUCUGCAGCGAAUCGAUUCAAUAAUCUGUGUUUGGAGGGAUUUCUUUUUCCUUAAACUGUCCAUGACAAUGCCAGUGGUCAAAGUGGAGAAGGACUCUCAAGCAGAUGUCACCUUGCCUUCCUCCAAUCCUCCACCACAGACAGAGGAGCCGCCCCGAGGUCGCAGAAGGAAGAGACCCCUCCAGCGGGGCAAACCGCCAUACAGCUACAUCGCACUCAUUUCCAUGGCUAUAGCAAACUCCCCUGAUCGCAAGCUGACAUUGGGGGGCAUCUACAAAUUCAUCACAGAGCGUUUUCCCUUCUACAGAGACAAUUCAAAGAAGUGGCAAAACUCCAUUCGUCACAACCUGACUCUAAACGACUGCUUUAUCAAGAUCCCUCGAGAGCCGGGGCGACCGGGGAAGGGGAACUACUGGGCACUGGACCCAAACGCAGAGGACAUGUUUGAAAGCGGCAGCUUCUUGAGGCGCAGGAAGAGGUUCAAACGCUGUGAUAUGAGCACCUAUGCCCCAUAUGUUCACGAGACACCAGUUUUCUCUCCCGUCCAGAUUACAAGAUCAGCUGCAUACGCCAAUUCCAUCUAUUCCAACAUGACUGUGAGCCCUACGUAUGGGCAGCAGCUGCCCUCUGCAUACUACCCCUCUUCAUCACCUCCUGGGUUCACACACGGUCAGACGCGCAUGUUCAGCAUCAAUAACAUCAUAGGACACCCGACCACAGCCAGCAUGCUGGCAAGUCAAGGGCCGGAGGUGAUGCAGCAGCCCGGCCGCAGCUUCAGUCCAGAGGGACUUCCAAACGGGUCGUCUCCCUGCGGCCUGGGACCUGCCAGUUUCCAGACUCAGUCGUGUGGAGGAGCUGUGCCACCCCGCGCAUCUACGCAUCCAGGGUUCACCUACUCUGGCCCCAACAGCCAUCCACACCACCAUGCCCACCAGGGCUCGUAUGGACAGGGUCCAACCCACGGGUACGCAGCGGCCAGCCGGAUCCACACCUCGGCUCACGGCUCUGUAGAAACAGUGGAGCAUUACGGCAGGGCAUCUCCGGUGCAGCUGGGCUCUUUUUCGCAGUACAACAGUGGAGGUGGUCCCGUUGCCAACUCCGGGGGAUACCUGAGACACCCCACGUAUUCCGGUAAUAUGGACAGGUUUGUCCCAGCAAUAUAAGAAGGUUUGAAUUCAAAAUUGAACAGAAAGACCUCUCCAGAAACGCAACUGUGAUUUCUCUGCAUCGAUGCAAGAGCCCAUCAUCAGCGUCGAUGGUGACUUACCGCUGAAUACUUUUAAAUGUCAAGGUCUCUUAAGGGCAAGACGAGGAGGAUGUAAAUGACAUAUACUUUUUGAGUGUGAUUGCAACUUUAAAUAGUUACAGUAACCAUGAUUUUAAAUGUCGUAUAAAUUAUUGUGCUGUCUGUGGUCUUAGGCUUUAGAGUAAGUGGCUUGUAUGAAGAAAAUCUGUCAAAAGUACUUCUGCAUGUAUUUUUAUUCUAAAUGAAAAAUGCAUAUCUUGUUUACUUUUUAUGUUGUAAAUAAACAGAAUGAUGCAGAGCUUUUGUUCUUUCAAGAAUAAAAUAUUGUAAAAUACUGAUGAUUUCUUGCCAUAACCGAGACAUUUCACCUGACGUGUCGCCGAUUAGGAGGGAUGACUUUGCUUUGCAGACAGACUGCAACAUGUCAUUUAAGACGGAUAUUUUAGCCCCUAUAUAAUCCUAUCACUUAGAAGAACCAAAAGAAAACGAGAAAUCAGUUCUUUUACUUUUGUGCUUUACUUGCAGUGCAGCGUUUCAGCUCAGCGGCUGUAAAGUGCUGUCUGGAGCCGCGGUAUUAGCAGUGACUGUGACCGGCCUCAAUUAUCACGUCAAGACAUCACCACAGCACUUGAAUCCACUAAUCAAGAAAAUGAAUCGACUUGUAAUUCGAUAUUUCAUCCCGCAAAGUUAAAACAACAAAAGCUCAGAAGUGCCUUCUUCAGUCUGCUGACAAGACAAGACUUGCGAGGAAACACUUUGUCACUUGAUUUUUCUUUUAUUAUUAUUAUUUAAAAAGCUUUGAGGAAAAAUUACCUCCUUUAUCCCUCGUCUGCUGAAAAAGCUUUUCAUUUUCUUGGGUCAACAAACUAGCAAAUGUUUUGUUCAAGAAUAUUUGCUUGCGUAAUUUUAGAUAUAGGCCUACUUAUACUUUCACAUAUACGAGACCAGUAACAACUAAAAACAUUUAAGUAGAGGAAACACAUCCUUUGCCUUUAUAUAAAUGGAUAAAAUACUGUGCACACAGUAAUUGUGCUAAAGCUCAAGGAGGAUCUAAAUGUGUUUGUAUUAAGCUAUCCAUCCUGAGUAAAUAUUUUCAUAAGUAGGCUAGACUUCCCAAACUUCCUCUGAAAUCUGCAGUCCAAGAUAAACAGAUGACGUCUUGUGAUAGAAAGUAUACAUAAAGUUUAUUUCAGGGAAAUUAUUUGAUAGUAAAAUGACGGAAAUAAAACAUGCUUCACUUUAAUAAUAAUCUUGAAGUUUAGAAUACUGAAGCGUAAAGCUGCAACCUCAGUGAAAGAAAAAUACAGACAUCACGAUAUGACGUGAACAUUU